UCCGGCGACGGCGGAGGCUGUACCACAGACCCACGAGGCGCCCCCACUCCGCGCUGCUGACGCGCCGCCCCCAUCCCGGCUCACACCCCCGCCCCAGUCCUCUUGGUGCAGGGCAGCGGCGGCCGAGACAGGGAGCUCUGGAGAGCAGGUGGGCACCUCUGCUCUGCAGGACCAGGAGUCACCAAGAUGCCCAUUUUGGAAAAAGACCCCCACAAAGUAGCUGCAAAAACUCCCAGCAGUGAGGAGCAGCCUGGGCUGCCCAAGCUGCCAGUGCCCCCCCUGCAGCAAACGCUGGCCACCUACCUGCGGUCCAUGCGGCACCUGGUGCCUGAUGAGCAGUUCCAGAGGAGCCAGGCCAUUGUGCGGCAGUUUGGGGCCCCUGGUGGCCUCGGUGAGACCCUACAGCAGAAACUCUUGGAGCGGCAGGAGAAGACAGCCAACUGGGUGUCCGAGUACUGGCUGAAUGACAUGUACCUCAACAACCGCCUGGCCCUGCCGGUCAACUCCAGCCCAGCAGUGAUCUUUGCUUGGCAGCCCUUCCAGGACACCAGCGACCAGCUCAGGUUUGCAGCUAGCCUCAUCUCGGGCGUGCUGAGCUACAAGGCCCUGCUGGACAGCCACUCCAUCCCCACAGACUGUGGCACAGGCCAGCUGUCGGGCCAGCCCCUCUGUACAAAGCAAUACUAUGGGCUCUUCUCCUCCUACCGGCUCCCUGGCCAUACCCAGGACACACUGGUGGCCCAGAAGAGCAGCGUCAUGCCCGAGCCUGAGCAUGUCAUUGUGGCCUGCUGCAACCAGUUCUUUGUCUUGGAUGUGGUCAUCAACUUCCACCGCCUCAGUGAGGGAGAUCUGUUCACCCAGUUGAGAAAGAUCGUCAAGAUGGCUUCCAAUGAGGAUGAGCACUUGCCUCCCAUCGGCCUGCUCACAUCAGAUGGGAGGAGCGAGUGGGCAGAGGCUAGGACGGCCCUCGUGAAAGACUCCACCAACCGCGACUCACUGGACAUGAUCGAGCGCUGCAUCUGCCUGGUGUGCUUGGAUGCCCCCAGUGGUGGGGACCUCAGUGACACGCACAGGGCGCUCCAGCUCCUCCACGGAGGGGGCUGCAGCCAGAACGGGGCCAACCGCUGGUACGACAAGUCCCUGCAGUUCGUGGUGGGCCGAGAUGGCACGUGUGGCGUGGUGUGCGAACACUCCCCGUUCGACGGCAUCGUCCUUGUGCAGUGCACAGAGCACCUGCUCAAGCAUAUGACAAAGAGCAGCAAGAAGGUGGUCCUCUCAGAUUCUGUCAGUGAGCUCCCUGCACCCAGGAGGCUGAGGUGGAAAUGCUCCCCAGAAAUCCAGGGCCACCUGGCCUCCUCGGCAGAAAAGCUCCAAAGAAUAGUGAAGAACCUGGACUUCACCGUGUACAGGUUUGCUGGCUAUGGGAAGACGUUCAUCAAGAAGCAGAAGUGCAGCCCCGAUGCCUUCAUCCAGGUGGCCCUGCAGCUGGCAUUCUACAGGCACCACCGGAGACUGGUGCCCACCUAUGAGAGUGCAUCCAUCCGGCGGUUCCAGGAGGGGCGAGUGGACAACAUCCGAUCAGCCACUCCAGAGGCACUGGCCUUUGUGAGAGCCAUGACUGACCAUGAGGCUGCCAUGCCCGCUUCUGAGAAGGGACAGCUCCUGAGGGACGCAAUCCGUGCCCAGACUGAGUACACAGUAAUGGCCAUAACAGGGAUGGCCAUCGACAACCACCUGCUGGGGCUGCGGGAGCUGGCCCGGGACCUGUGCAUGGAGCCACCUGAGAUGUUCACAGAUGAGACGUACCUGACCAGCAACCGAUUUGUCCUCUCCACCAGCCAGGUGCCCACUACCAUGGAGAUGUUCUGCUGCUAUGGUCCUGUGGUCCCCAAUGGCUAUGGAGCCUGCUACAACCCGAAGCCCGAGACCAUACUCUUCUGCAUCUCCAGCUUCCACAGCUGCAAGGAAACCUCGUCGGAGGGAUUUGCGGAAGCCGUGGGGGCAAGCCUCGCUGACCUGAGAGCCCUGUGUAGCCCACUGCAGCCUGCUGACUCUAGGCCUCUGGCGACAGAAGAGAAAGCCAGGGGGCCCAGCCAGGACCACCAGCCUUGACUUCUGCUCCAAGUCCAGCCUUCUACAGCUGCUAGACCCCGCCUCAUGCUUGUUCUCAGCCCUCUUUCUGCCUCUUUCAGCCCAUUGCUGCUUGCUUCAGUGUCCCAUUCCCCAGGCCCAAACCACAGGUUAUAUGCAAGUAAUUUCCAAGCCAGAGUGCUGGGGGGAAAAGGGUGCCUCAUGAGGUGUGGAGUGGCCUAUGCAGCCGGAAUGAGGCCAUCCUGGCUCCCAGGUGGUGAGGUCCCUAGCAAACACCUCCCUCUGUGGCUCCUCAGAGCUUAAUUCUCAUGUUCCCUCCCCUGAGGGACCCAGCAUGUCUGGAGAUGUUUCUGCCCAGCAAAACAAUGAGUCACUCUAUUAUGUGACAUGCGCACAAAUGAAUCAUGGAGGCAGAAGCUAACUCGGGGUCAUUACCCCCUUUCCUUUCUGAGAGGAGUUGGGGGGGAGGCUUUGUUUUCAGAUUCAUAGCAUCCGAUGGUGGCAUUCAGAGUCUCCACUGAGCCAUACAGUCCUGCAGACAUCUGCUCCCUACACACACAGCCCAAGUUCCUUGCGACAUGGUGACCUGUGCCCCAGGCAUGCUUCUCCCUCAGAAGGGCAGCUUCUGUUGAGUUCAGGAAAUCUCGCACAGAUUUUAGGAAAGAAAAGCAUGUGUGCAUCAGUCUUGGAGUCCUUGGGGCUCUCUGCUUUUCAGGUGGCAUCAGGGACAGGAGGAACAGUCAACCAAUGGUCUGGAGCAGGCAGAGUCCUGCCCCUGAAUCUUUUCCAUGUCCUCUGCCCACCUCCCAGAACACUGACCCUGAAGUAUGACCUCUGCCCAUGGGCAGAGACCAGGCAGGGGCUUGUGGAGUUUUCUCUUUAUGUUUAUAUAUUUUUGUUUGUUUCCCAGAGGGAGGUUUUAAAGAAAACCACUCUGACAGUGAUUUCAGAAAGUGGUCUCAGGGGCCACUACCUGUGGCUGAUGUGAUAUCCAGAAAAGGCUGACCAAAACCCACACACAGGGCUCUCUGCUGGCCUUAGAGACAGAGACCCCCACCUUGCCAGGGCAGGAAAGAGCAGAAGGUUAUCCUGGAUCAUCCUGCCAGACCCCCUGCCCCCCGACAGAGUUGGUGGGGGUGGAAGAGAGGUACCCAUAUUGGGGCACAUUCUUUUUCAUUAAAAUUUUUUUUAUGCUUUGCUCCCCUUCCUUUUUUUUCACUAUUGUGGAUUAAACCUAGGGCCUUCACACUGAGCUAUAUGCCCAUCCCCCACUUUUAUUUUUUGAGAAAGGUUUUUGCUGAGUUACCAAGGCUAGGUUCAAACCUGCAAUCUUACUGUCUCACCUUCCCAGAGUGCUGGGAUUACAGGCGUGAACCACCAUGCCCAGCAAGGUUUUAUUUUAAUUUAUAGAUAAUAUUUAUGGGGUACAAUGUGAUAUUUCAGUGUAUGUACACAUUGACAAAAUCAGGGUUAUUAGCAGAACCAGCAUCUCACACAUUUAUCACAUCUUUGUGGUGAGAACAUUUAAAUCCCCUCUCUAGCUGUGUUGAAAUACACAGUACAUCAUCACCAUCUGUGGUCACCUGCUGUGUGACAGACCCCAGAGCCCACUCCUCCUGUCCAACUGAUGCUGGACCUGCUGGCCAACCUCUCUCCUCCUCCCUCACCUUUCCCAGGCUCAAAUCACUGCUAUUCUUCCCUCAACUUCUCGAGGAUCAGCUUUAUAUGAGAGGUCUAAAUGGGCACGGGAUGUGGGGUGGGAAAGCAGCCUGAAAACUGGGAGUGCAGAAAAUGGAGGGCAGCCAAAGCCUGCUCCUCACUACACUACUCUGCUCCCUUGGGGGGUUCUGGAGAACUUUCCCAUCCUGCUGACCCUGUGGCAUUCUGAAUGCCCCACUCUAGCCCACAGGGCCUGCAAGUGUCCCUUCUCUGGGACCGGCUUGGUAGGCACUGACAUCUGCUGAGCUUCUGAGGCCACGGAAAGCCUGAAGCUGAGACCCGGGCCCAGGUCUAGUGGAGGGUGAAGUGGGCCAUCUGGGCACUGUCUUCUCAUGUACAGAGUUAAAUCAUUGGUUUGGGGGUCCCUGGUCCUCCCCUCUGACAUCCACCCUCCAGCCCAAAGGUCCCCUGCUGAAAGUUGACCCAAAGUCUGGGCAGCCUGAGUCCUCCCCGGUUCCCCUCCAUGCCUUUCCCAGCUGGCAGAGAGCUCCAGCAGUGGGGUGAAUGGGCCUCACCCAGCUAGCAGGUGACUCAAAAGUCCAGAGACACAGUUCCCUGCAUUGUCACAUGAGAACAACCCACGAGGGCUGGAACUGUGUGUGCAAAGGAUUUGCCUGGCAGGGGCACGGUGGUGCCCAACCUGGGAUACCACCCCCAGCAGACACUGUUCUGGUGUUUUGUUUAAAACUCUGCCCUGAUACACCAGGCCAAGUGCAUACCUGCCAUCCUCAAGCACAGGGAACUGGAAGUCACUGUCAUCCAGACAUCAAACUGUGCACCAUGAGGCCACCCAUUAUGGAGGCAGAGGGAGCACCUCCUCACUCUGAGGAAGGGCUGGAAGCUGGUCUUCCCCCUCUGACAAUGGUGAGUGCACGACAUCUUUACAAAAGGCAACACUGAGCCAUGGCCAAGCAUCUCUAUGGGGACCCAGAGAAAGGAGGCUGUGUCCCAAAAAAGAUGGGAAAUGAGAGAGUCCUUUGGAAGAGCAAUGCCUAAUAAAUGUGACCACCUUACAUUUCUGUUGAGUUGCCAAAAUAUACAAAGUUAAGAUUUGAGUUCUAUUUUUAUAAGAUAGUUCUAGAUUAAUGGCAAUAUGUACAUGUGUAUUUAUAGCCUUUCCAUUUUAAUUUAUAGUUUUGUGCUUUAAAGAAAUAUAUGUAUGAUGAAAGAACUGUAUAUCGAAAGUGCUCUAUUCAAAUUAUUUAAA